AUGGAAGCCUCCAUCAGUGGCAGCGCCGAGCACGACGGCGCCGUGCGGGAGACAGCGUCCGACGCGUCGCUGUGCAAGCUGUCGGCCAGCCAGCUGGGCUACUACGCGGACCCGUUCGUGCAGUUCUUCGUCAAGGCUCCGUCGCGCCGCAUGCCCAUCAUCAACCGCGGCUACUACGCCCGCGUGGCCGCCGUCGAGUCGCUCGUGCGCAAGUUCCUGGGCGCCGCCCAGCACAAGUCCCAGGUUGUGAUCCUCGGUGCAGGGCUGGACACCAUGUUCUUCCGCCUCAAGAGCGCUGAGCUGCUCGCCAACUGCGAGUACUUUGAGCUGGACUUCCCCGACGUAACCAUGCACAAGGUGAGCACGAUCAAGCGCCGCAAGCUGCUCAACGGGCUGCUGGGGCUCGGCGCCGCGCCGGACUUUAUGGCUGCAGUGUCGUCCGGCUAUACGGAGCUUAACGUACCCGGGUACCACUUGCUGCCGUGCGACUUGAGGGACCUGGACGCCACAACCGCCAAGCUGGAGGCCGCGGGCAUCGACCGCAGCGUCCCCACGCUGUUUGUGUCCGAGUGCGUGCUGAUCUAUGUGGAGGCCAAGUUUUCCACGCAGCUGGUGGUGUGGGCUGCGUCCUACUUUGACGAUGUGAGCUUCGCGCUGUACGAGCAGAUCCUGCCCGACGACGCGUUCGGGAAGGUUAUGAUGGCGAAUAUCAAGGCGCGCGGGUGCGAUCUGCUGAGUAUCCACGACUUCCCCACGGUUGAAGCGCAGAUCACACGCUUCACGGAUCACAACUACGAGGUGGCGCAGUGCUGGGAUAUGAACAAGAUCUACUACCACUACUUAGAUGCGGCGGAGCGAUCAAAGCGAGAGAGACUUGAGAUCUUCGACGAGCUGGAGGAGUUCCACCUGCUGCAAGCUCACUACUGCGUUGUUGUCGCCAGCAAACUCGCGUCGACUCCAGCCGCGCACGCGUUGGCGCUGAGCGACGUAAAAGCAUAA